UCGCCGCCCGCGGCCCGUCAUCACGCCCACCCGGCUCAGCCCUCGCCCCCGACGCCGCUCCUCCGCCCUUCAAGGUGGCUCCCCUCCAGGGACUGUGGGACUUUCUCCAGUCGGUUUGUAGUAACGCCUCGAAGACGGUACCCGGUCCAGCAGGCCCAGUACUCCUUGCUGGGGGUCCUUCCCACCGUGUGCUGGAACGGUUAUCCCAAGAAACCUGUGCUGGCGCCUCGGAAUUCCAAGAUGGUGUGCAGCCCGGUGACGGUGCGGAUCGCCCCUCCGGACAGCAAGUCAGUCCGGUCACCAGUACCUGAGCAGAUCAUCAGCUCCACCCUGACCCCGCCAUCAGGGAACGUUCCAGACCCAUGUGCAAAAGAGGUAGUGCUCAGUGCCCUGAAGGAGAGGAAGAAGAGGAUGGUGGAGGAGGACGACCAACUCUUUCCGGAUGGACAGGAAAACAAACGAAGGCGCCAUGACAGCAGUGGGAGUGGACACUCAGCAUUCGAGCCCCUGGUGGCCAAUGGCGUCCCUGCUGCUUUUGUGCCCAAACCUGGGUCUCUGAAGAGAGGCUUCCACCCGCAGAGCUCAGAUGACCACCUGACAAAGCGGUCCCGGACCUCGUCCGGGAGCUCCUUCACGAGCACGUGUGCAGGCGGCAUCCCCAGCUCCAGCCGCAACGCCAUCGCCAGUUCCUACAGCUCGACUCGGGGCUUCUCCCAGCCAUGGAAGAGAAGGGGUCCUAGCUCGUCGCCCCUCUCGAGCCCAGCCUCCUCCCGCUCACAGACUCCGGAGCGGCCAGCCAAGAAGAGCAGAGAUGAGGAGACGAGUCAACAGCCCAGCGAUGCACCUCCACCCCUCACGGACAGGGAGGCCCAGGGUGAGAGCGUUGCAGAUCCAGCUGUCCGGAAGAAGCAGGCCAUGAGGACUUCCCCAUCCAUGCAAGGCAGCGUGGGGCAGCGAAAACGGAAGACCCCGCUUCUGCCCUCCAGGCGAGGGGACCAGUUGACCUUGCCCCCCCCACCCCAGCUCGGCUACGCCAUCACUGCUGAAGACCUGGACUUGGAAAAGAAGACAUCGCUGCAGUGGUUCAACAGGGUCUUUGAGGAGAAGACAGAUGCUGCCUCCUGCCCUGUUGCUGAGAACACACCUGACACUCAGCCAGCUCUGACGUUCCCCACGCCUGCUGCUGGGCCAGCCUCCUCGCCGCCCACGCACCCGGCCACAAGCUCGAACCCGCUGCUGGAGAGCCUAAAGAAGAUGCAGAGCCCCCUGGGGAGCGCCCCUCCGGCCCGGCCCGAAUCUGCUGAAGUGGCCACCACAGAGGCCCAGUCACCACUGACGACAACCAACCUGUCAGCCGUUCCUAGGGCCUCACAGUCGGAAACCUCUUCAGACUUGAAAGCCCCGGCUGCUUUCCCCAGGCUGAACCCUGAGUCCACGGUUCCAGCCCCCAACACCAUCAAGUCGCCUCAGAGCCUCCAGGCUAAGACAUCCACCCCACCACCCCCUGUCCCACCCACCUCGUCCCCCACCCCCAAGCCAAGUAUCCUCUUUGGAAUGCUGAAUACCCCAACUUCCAACCCCCCUGCAGUCCCCGGGACCUCUUCAGCAUCUCCCUUGUUCAAGCCCGUUUUUGGGGUCCCACCUAAGAGUGAGGACAACCCCCUGCCCACCAGCCCCUCCGUCACAACGGCUGCACCUUCCAGCUCAGCACCCCCCGCCACGUCCAGCUCCUCGACCACCUCGUUCAAGCACAUCUUCAGCAGCACAGGGCCACCAACCUCGGGCUCCCUGGCGCCGCCUUUUUCCUUCAAGCAAACAGCAGCUCCUCUCUUAACCAGUUUGCCUAGUUCCACCUCCACAGCAGCCCCUGCCACCACAGCCGAGGCCCCCAAGCCCACCUUUAGCUUCGGCGGCGGCGUGGGCCCCCAGGGUGGGACAGUUGUGACGAGCGCCACCGCUUCCCAACCUUUCCUCUUUGGGGCAUCCCCUGCCCCUGGGGCCAGCUUCGCCCCGGCCAUGAGCCCCAUGUUCCAAUUUGGCAAGCCCCCUGCCGUGCCCGCCUCAACCACAGCCACCGGCUUCGGGCCGGCUCUCCCCAGUGCCGGGCAGCCAGCCCCCAGCAGCACCACUGCCGGCUUCAGUGGUCUUGGAAGCAGCCUCACUACGCCAGCCCCCACGACCACCAGCCAGCCCCCCCUGACAGUCACCACCACCCCGGCCUUCAGCAUUCCUUUUGGGGCCAGCACCAAGCCCCCUCCCCCCUCCUAUCCAGGAGCUACCUCCCAAGCCCCAUUUGGGGCCACAGAUGGACAGCAGCCGGGGGUCACCAAGCCAACCCUGGCCCCCAGCUUUGGCGGCAGCUCAUUCAGUUUUGGGAACUCAGUGGCCACGGCCACAGGUGCAGCCCCCAGCACCAGCCAGCCCGCCUUUGGCAGUAACACACCAGUAGCCUUUGGUGGUCUGAAGCCCCCAGCCUCCACCUUUGGCACCCCUGCCAACACCCAGCCCGCCUUUGGCAGCACCACAGCCGUCUUCUUCGGUGCCACCGCAGCUGCCCCGGCGGCUACCACCACCACCACCACGGCCGCGAGCUUUGGCGCCACCACCCAGACCACCAGCAGUGGGGCCGGCAGCUCCCUGUUCGGCAGCCCAGCUCCAUCGCCCUUUGCAUUUGGGGGCUCGGUGGCACCAGCUGGCAGUGGGGGCUUUGGCAUCAAUGUGGCCCCCUCAAGCACCAGCACCACCCCUGGGGCAUUCAACUUUGGAGUGGGACAGAGCGGGACCACCAGUACUGCUGCCCCUUUUGGGGGCACCUUGAGUCAGAACACACUGGGCACCUCCAGCCAGAGCACCCCCUUUGCCUUCAGUGUGCCCAAUACGCCGGACAGCAAGCCCGUUUUCGGAGGCUCUUCCACGCCCACCUUCGGGCAGAGCACGCCUGCGCAAGGAGUGGGCCCAUCUGGCAGCGGCCUCUCCUUUGGGGCCGCCCCCACAGCCGCCCAGGGCUUUGCUGCCAUCGGACCUUUUGGAUCGGCGGCCCCUUCCUUUUCCAUUGGUGCGGGACCCAAGACCCCAGGGGCGCGACAGCGACUGCAGGCCCGAAGGCAGCACACCCGCAAGAAAUAGUAACCUUUGUCCCUCGUCCCUACUCCCCCAUCCCUGCCUGAACUGGACCUAGCACCUGCUGGCCAAGCCUGUCCCCUUACUGCAGCAUGAAGCUGCCUCAGCCCACUGACCUUAGCCACCAAGGCCGUGGCCCCCCCUGGGCUCUGUCUCCUCUAGUGUCAAGGGAGGAGGGACCAGGACGAUGGGCACAGCUGGGAGGCUGGAGAACUAAAGAGAUGUCUGUACAUG